CUAUAAAAUGCGGGGGUAAGCAUGUCCAGCAUCCGUAUAUCCUUUGAUCCUGAGAUUCAUUCAUUGCUGAUUCGAGAUACGCAGUCUCAUCCACAGACAUGAAAAUCUCAAUUGCUUUAGUUUUAUGUGGUUUGACUUUGGCACUAGCUGCAUCAAGAUCAAAGCGAGCAGCUUAUGAUCUUCCUGAUGGCGCUGAACUGCUUGUUGGCGGCGUAAGAACAACAUUCGUCUGCAGCACUGACGGCUAUUAUGCUGAUCUAGACAACAACUGCCAGAUCUUCCACGUCUGCCAUACAGUUGUUCAUCCUGAUGGUACCUCAGAAAUGCUUCAGUGGUCUUUCCUUUGCGGAAACCAGACAGUCUUCAACCAAUUCUCUUUCACCUGCGCUUAUCCCGAGGAUUCAGUACCUUGUGGAAGUGCACGUGACUUCUUCUACCUGAAUGCCAACAUCGGAGCUGGACCAAAUGUACCGUUCCACAACGAACAAGAUGUUGCGAGAGCAGCAGCUGUUACUCCUGGACGAGCUGCUCAGGCCAUUUUCAGGCCAGUUGCACAACCUCAAGCUCGUCCUCCGCCUCGGCCAUUCAGAGGUUGAGAAAAAAGGGUAAAACCAAUUGCCUGACAUACAUUUUGGAACGCACACUGAAAUAAAACACGUAUUCAGUUUCAAGCAAAUGUUUUCAUAAUGAGAUUAAAGGUAUUUUAUGACAGCAAAACGGAAUCUGAAUUAAAUAAUCAUUAACGUAUGCUAGCUGAUAAUUCUCACACAGAUCUCAUAUUUGGAAAUUUUAGCUAGUAAGUGUUCUUAAAGUAUGAUGAGAUUACCUGACGCUAAGAUAUUUAUAUCUUAGUGCCAGGUAAUGAGCUUAUCGAAGAUAUGCUAUUAAAUGCGCUUAUCGAAGAUAUGCUAUUUAAUGCGCUUAUCGAAGAUACCUAAAUUCCUACUUGUACUCGCACGUAUUGAGACUGAAAUUUUAUGCUAUAUAAAGUGUCUGAUUUUGCAAUACUUAAAUUUUUCAAUAGCUUUUUAACACAGUUAUUUUGGGCCAUAAUCACUCACUCACUCACGUUUAACACAGUUAUUUUACAAAUGAGAUAAUUUAAGGUUUAAGGCUUAACAAGUCUUUUUGAAGUCGAUUAUCGUAGGCUAUGUCUUUAGCUGAAGAGGUUCUAUUUGAUGAUGUACGGAUAUUUAGCUACAAUUCUGCUUCAGUCUUCUCUGGAGACUCUCAAUUUAUAUUAAAUUAUUACAUGCUUUAUAAAGAUUAUUUCUAACACAACUACAAUGAUAUAGCUGCUUGAGCAUCGUGCUGAGAUCUCUGUGAGAAAUGUAUAGUAUAGCAGAAAUACCUUCAUCAUUGCUCGACGUCAGUGAAAGACAUAAAUCCAUUUUAAAGUUAACUUGGAACAAGGCAGCUACAUGCAAGAUAUUAAAUUAAACAAGCUAAUUUUAAUAAAACUUGCAAUUUAAUAAUUUUACUCAUAUUACUUUAUGCUAACAAUAAUUUCACGUACCCUUAAACUAGCUGUAGUAGUUUCAGAAGCGAAAAUCUACAUUGUUCCUAACAACGAAUACCAAUUAUGCUGUAAUAAAAUUACCUUUAAAGAAUAAACAGCGCGACAUACCUGGAUUUUGACGUGGUCGGAGGUUUUUGUUGAUGUGAUUAAACAUUCAGAUCUGUAAGUAACUGAUAACGCUGCUUAAGAGCACAAAUCUUAUGGUAAAUAAACGGUUCACUUAAUGGCUCAUAUGUGAAAUGUCCAGGUUAACAACGGUGGCGGUUCAAGUAGCUUUCUUGGCUGGCUGGCUGAGGUGACGCCCGAUUACGAUAAAGCCACUGUAUCGAUUGUCAUCUAUCUGUAUAUACUUGCCUUUUUGUUAUAUGUUUUUGUAGAGCUAUUGUAUUUUUAUAUUUGAAUUAAUAAAUUUAGCAUCAAAAACUGAAA